GGUUCCGGUUCCGGUUCCGGGAUCUAGUUUGUUGUGGGCUGGCUCUGUUGUGCGGGCAGGUCCUUGAAGUGCGUUUCUGAAGUCCGGUUGUGUACCAGGAUCGCUCGCGUCCCCGGCUGCAGUCAUGGCGGCCUCCACAGCGGCCGGGAAACAGCGCAUUCCUAAAGUGGCCAAGGUGAAAAACAAAGCCCCGGCCGAGGUGCAGAUAACUGCAGAGCAGCUCCUAAGAGAAGCUAAAGAGAGAGAACUCGAGCUUCUCCCGCCUCCACCUCAGCAGAAGAUCACAGAUGAGGAAGAAUUAAACGAUUACAAACUCCGGAAAAGGAAGACUUUUGAAGAUAACAUAAGGAAAAAUAGGACUGUGAUUAGCAACUGGAUAAAAUACGCACAAUGGGAGGAAAGUCUAAAGGAAAUUCAAAGGGCUCGAUCCAUAUACGAGCGUGCUUUAGAUGUCGACUACCGAAAUAUUACACUCUGGCUAAAAUAUGCAGAAAUGGAAAUGAAGAACCGCCAGGUCAACCAUGCCCGAAAUAUCUGGGACCGUGCCAUAACAACUCUGCCACGGGUCAACCAGUUCUGGUAUAAGUACACAUACAUGGAGGAGAUGUUGGGCAAUGUUGCUGGUGCUCGUCAAGUGUUUGAGCGUUGGAUGGAAUGGCAGCCUGAAGAGCAGGCCUGGCACUCCUACAUCAACUUCGAGCUGAGAUACAAAGAAGUGGAGCGGGCCCGCACCAUCUAUGAACGCUUUGUGCUUGUGCACCCUGCUGUGAAGAACUGGAUCAAGUACGCUCGAUUUGAAGAGAAACAUGCUUAUUUUGCUCAUGCUCGGAAAGUCUACGAGAGAGCCGUUGAAUUUUUCGGGGAUGAGCAUAUGGAUGAACACCUUUAUGUGGCCUUUGCUAAAUUUGAGGAAAAUCAGAAGGAGUUUGAAAGGGUACGAGUUAUCUACAAAUAUGCCCUGGAUAGGAUUUCAAAACAGGAGGCCCAAGAACUCUUUAAAAACUAUACCAUCUUUGAGAAGAAGUUUGGUGACCGAAGGGGUAUCGAAGAUAUCAUCGUGAGCAAACGGAGAUUCCAGUACGAAGAAGAAGUGAAGGCUAACCCACACAAUUAUGAUGCAUGGUUUGAUUAUUUACGCUUGGUGGAAAGUGAUGCGGAAGCUGACACUGUGCGGGAAGUCUAUGAGAGAGCCAUUGCCAAUGUGCCACCCAUCCAGGAGAAGAGGCACUGGAAGCGCUACAUCUACCUCUGGGUUAACUAUGCACUCUAUGAAGAGCUGGAGGCCAAGGAUCCUGAGAGGACAAGACAGGUAUAUCAAGCGUCAUUGGAAUUAAUUCCUCACAAAAAGUUCACAUUUGCCAAAAUGUGGUUAUAUUAUGCACAGUUUGAAAUAAGACAGAAAAAUCUGCCAUUUGCCAGAAGAGCUUUGGGAACUUCCAUAGGCAAAUGUCCAAAGAACAAGUUAUUCAAAGGUUACAUAGAACUGGAACUGCAGCUUCGAGAAUUUGACAGAUGCAGGAAGCUUUAUGAAAAGUUUUUGGAAUUUGGACCUGAAAAUUGUACAUCGUGGAUUAAGUUUGCAGAAUUAGAGACAAUCCUUGGUGAUAUUGAGAGAGCUCGGGCAAUUUAUGAAUUAGCCAUCAGCCAGCCACGCUUGGAUAUGCCAGAGGUUCUUUGGAAAUCAUAUAUUGAUUUUGAGAUUGAGCAGGAAGAAACUGAGAGAACACGAAACCUUUAUCGACAGUUGCUUCAGCGAACACAGCAUGUCAAGGUUUGGAUCAGUUUUGCUCAAUUUGAGUUAUCUUCUGGGAAAGAAGGAAGUGUGGCUAAAUGCAGACAGAUUUAUGAAGAAGCUAACAAAACCAUGAGAAACUGUGAAGAAAAAGAAGAGAGGCUUAUGUUGCUGGAGUCCUGGAGAAGUUUUGAAGAUGAAUUUGGAACAGUAUCAGACAAGGAGAGAGUAGACAAACUCAUGCCAGAAAAGGUCAAGAAGAGAAGAAAGGUCCAGGCCGACGAUGGGUCUGAUGCCGGAUGGGAGGAAUACUAUGACUACAUCUUUCCAGAGGAUGCUGCCAACCAGCCCAACCUCAAGCUUCUGGCGAUGGCCAAGCUUUGGAAGAAACAGCAACAGGAGAGAGAAGCUGCUGAACAGGAUCCAGAUAAAGACAUUGAUGAGAGUGAAUCUUCAUCCUUUUAAAUGUUGUAAUUGCUUUUUAUACACUAACAGUUUAGAACUUUGACUUCUGGGUGUUUUUAUGUAUUUACCCAGUAAGGAGUUGUUUGACAUCUUUGGAUUAUUUUUUUAAAAAUGCACUUGGGUUUAACUCUGGGUGAGAAACUGCAAGUAAAGGAAUUUUUUUGUAAGUUUUGUUACUUGAGUCCAAGCAUUUCUAGCAUUUGCUCCUUUUGUCUUUACUGGAUGGAAUUCAUGUGCUUAGCAUAUACUUCAGGUGAAACUGCAGACUUAACUCAGUGUUCAAGGUCCAAUCUCUAUGAAUAAGCACAGGUUUAUCAUGACGGUUGUACUGGCUGGUUGUACAUGCAUCUGAAACUUUUAGCUUUCAUUGUCUCUUUAAAACCACAAAACUUGAGUCUGGUUCUAACAACUCGUGAUGGCUGUACAUUUUAGUCGAUUUUCAGUUUUCUCAAACAAGCAGUAGUAUGGUAGCACCUCAUUUUGAUGAUUCCAUUAGAAAAGGAGUAUGCUGAUGUCAAUCUUGUUCCAAUACCACACCUUCCUCUGCCCCCACCGCCUUUCCUAGCAUCAAGUGUCUACUUCUCAUAGAAUUAAAUAGACUUGGGCUAGUGUAAUCUCAUAUCUGAACUGAUUUGUAGUGACUGUAUUUUUUGACCCCAAGUCUGUCAGUAACAUUUUAGUUUGGCUUCAAUUUUUCUCUCAAGCUAGCAGAGUUUUGUAGUAGCUUGUUUAGAAAACAAUGGCCUGCAUACAUGGAUGCUGAGGCACAGUGUCCUAAGUUCAGUUGGGAAGUCUUAUAUUUAUUAUGUUAAUGUCUUUGUUAAGUAUGAUUCAUCAUAGUACUACUGCCAGUCCCAAGCUUUAUAAAUUCUGCAGUUAUAGCUGUCUGGAGCCUGUGCAUCUCCCAGCAUGCCUUAGAAUGUGUGAACUCUUAACAACCGAUGUUUAACAGUUAUCAUUAAACAGCAGGAGUCCAAUAGACCCACAGUGUGUAUACUCAGUGAAGGCACUGGAAGUAGCAUAGUAAAAUACUUGGUGCUCUGCUCACAUUGUAAAAUAGCAUUUGCCUACUCUGGGGGGCAUGGUUUUACUUAUCCUGUAAUUCACGGCCCUUGUUUUCUUUUAUCACUCAAUGCCUAGAACUGUUCUUUCAAGACUGGUUUCUACCUAUAAGAACAAUAGUAAGCCAGGCAGUGGUGGCGCACACCUUUAAUCCUACCUAGCACUUGGGAGGCAGAGGCAGGAGGGUUUCUGAGUUCGAGGCCAGCCUGGUCUACAGAGUAAGUUCCAGGAUAGCCCAGGCUAUACAGAGAAACCCUGUCUCGAAAAAUGAAAAAAAAAAUUUUUUUGUAAAAGUUACAAGAAAACAGUACUACUAGGUAAGCGAUAGAUCUUUUCAGCCACCAGACCAGUAAAAGGUUCAUGUGUUAGCCUGAGUCUGCAUUGAGUCAGGAAGAAUCUGCCACUGGAUGUCCUUUGAGUUAGUGCAGAUUCAAGAUGGAGAUGAAAGCAGUUCAGAAUGCUAGUUCCAUAACUAAGUCAUGUUCCUAGAGCAGUUCUCUGCAUGUUGCUCGUGCACAUGAAGACAAAAAUUAGUGACUUUGCUCUUAAGAGUGCACUCCUAACAAGCACAGGCAGGUUUGACAGAGUUGAAGGAAACGCCAUUCCUCUAUGAGAGAACAAAGAAUUCAUUAUCUCCAACCUUAACAUCUCAAAAUAAGACCUUCCUAAAGUGAAAGCUUUUAAAUCAAGUGCUAUGGUACAUACAUGUUUGUAGUCCCAACUACCACUUAAGGGCCAAAUAGAGGAUUACUGGGAGGCUGAGUUCAAGGCCAGUCUAGGAAUGUAGCAAGAUCUUAUCUCAAAGAAAAAAAAUGAAUGCCAACAUACAUACAUUUUAAUGGUCAUUUUAUGUGGGCCUUUUUUGAUUACUUCUUCACUGCCUGAUUAUCUUUAUCUUUAUGAUUUUUUUGGACUUAAAUUUUGUUUCCCCUUAAAGUCAAAAGCUCAAAAGGUUUGAGCAGUGUUAAAAGAGAAAAUCUGAGACCAACAGUAGGAACUAUGAAAGAAGGGAGCUCAUGUAUGUCAGACAGGGAUGAUUUCGGAUGUGCAUUUGAAAAUGUUUUAUAUAUAAAAAAGUCAAAACAAGAGAGGCACCAUAUCCUAAACAAUGAUCCCUCCAUAAUUUUGAUUAAAAGACAAAACUUCCAGAAAACAUUCAUAGUCAACAAUGUGUUUUACUAUACAUCUCAGAUUUAUACAUUUCAUAUAUGCUUUUAAAGCUUCAAUUAACAGAUCAAUACAAAAUAAAAUAUAUAUAUAUUUAUAUAUGUGCAGCAGUGGUUCUCAGGCACAGGAUUUAGGAGGAGGAAGAGGGAGACUCUCCUUGGCAUGAACUGUCAACCAUGAUAGUGGAACAUGUCCUUCUGACUUAGCUGCCUUGAUUCAGUUUUACUAUGGCAAACAGUUGGAACGUGUAUGCUAUUGCUCAUUGGAAGGAUGAGAUUUGAAGUUUAGAGCCUGCAUUUUUGGAAGUCUUUAAGACUUAAAUGCUGACUUUCCUCCUAAUAGAGCUCCAAGAUCAUCCUAUGAAAAUAGUAUGUCCACAAACUGUCUGGAACACCUGCCUAAGAACCACUGCCUAUGGUUAUUCAAUGUCUUCAGGCCUCACGGGAUGAGGUAAUGGUAUGAUGGAUUUCUUCUCAGUGUCCCUGGAAAGUGCUUUCCUCAUAUCUGUUAAGAAGCAAAGAUUAAUAGCAAACUUUUUUAAAUCAAAAUUGAGUGAAUGGGUUAAGUUCCCAUCAGAUUUUGUGUCCUUCCCUGCAAUCCUAGGUGGUAUAUGUAUAUUUACAAGACUGCCACUGUAAUUAUGCCAAUUACUACCACAUCCCACCUAGGAGCCAACUAAUAUAAAUGUCCUUUCUUAGUAAAAGAGCACAUCUAUACCAUGAAAUGUAAUUUAUAGAAAUUAAUCACUGGCUAGUUAGUCUACGCUAACUAUUCCAAAAUUCAUAAAUGUAAUUCUUUUGAAUUUAUUAAAAGGAAUAUUUAGGCUUGUGGGGGGAAAUAACUAUUUUGACUAUCUCUUGGAGUACCUGCCACAGUAGGAAGCUUACCAUAGGCAUCCUCAUCAGGCUCCCCGUUGCUGGCUGAGUAGUACUCUAUGACUGUCCUGUAGACACUGUAACCCAACUGCUUGUACAUGUUGACGGCAACUUGAUUGGAUACUCUUACGAAGAGAUCAACAAAAAAUCCACCUUUUCUUUAAAAAAAAAAGAAAAGAAAAAAGGAAGAAAAGGAAAUGUUAUAACUGUAAGAACUCUAGGCAAUCUGGUCUAUAAUCCUAGGACUUGGGACUGAAGGGGGAGAACUGUGGAUUCAAGGCUGGCCUGUGCUACAAACAUAAGGGGCUCAAGGCCAGGCUUGGCUACAAAAUGGCAUAAAAAGAAUCCUUGGUUUUUGACUACUGAGGAUUGCAGUAGACAUCUUUAUUUUUCCCCCGUUUUUCGAGACAGGGUUUCUCCGUGUAGCCCUGGCUGUCCUGGAACUCACUCUGUAGACCAGGCUGGCCUCGAACUCAGAAAUCCGCCUGCCUCUGCCUCCCAAAUGCUGGGAUUAAAGGCGUCACCACCACUGCCCAGCUUAAGUAGACAUCUUUUAUAACCAGUUUACUAUUUAGAGUAACCAUUUCAUAAUACAGAAAAAGGACCUAAGUAUAGCUGCUAUAGGAUCCUUUCUUUUGGUCAGUAAUACCUCCUCCUUUCAAAGGUCUUCACAUUGUCAUUGUGUGUCUAGGCUAUUAUCUCCUUGUUUACUGCCUACUAAGAUUUCAUUUUUGGUUGUGAGCUUUAUAUAAGCAUAAUCAGUUUGGGGACUGCUUUGUAAGUAACCUCAGUCAGUACUGAGCCUUGAGCUAUUAUUCUCUUUACUUUGUUUAGCCUUUCAUUGUAUGAAUAUACAACUUGCUCAUGGUCCUCUGGAAACAUUAACAGUUCUAUUGUAAAGGAUGCUACUAUGAAUACUUCCUUGAGCAUCUUAUGAUACAGUACCCAUUUAGGGAUCCCAUUGCUGUAUCAUGGGUAUGUAUAUAUACACUGUCAGCUUGAUUAAAUUCUAACCUGUUUAUUCCAAGUCCACUCCUAGUGUAUAAGACUCAGUAUCUUAAUGUGACGUUAAUAUACAUUGCUAAUUACUAAUGGGAGGUUUUUGUCUACUGACCAUUUAGAUGUCUGUUUCUGAAUGGCUCUUAAUGACCCUUCAAUUUUUUCCCCCAGUGGCUACCAUGUAUGUGCUGGAUAUUCUGCAAUGUUUGAGUAUUCUGUUAGCAUCUACUGUGUAACUUUAGGUUGGUUACCUCUGGGUGAGCAAAGCUACUCCGAUUUUACUAAGUGGAGCAAGAGUCUUCCCUGUAUGGUUAGCACUGUUUACAGCCUGCUUAAAAAGGUCUCUACACUGAGGUCAUGGGAGACUUUCCAUAUUAUACUCUGUUUGUUGCUUUUCCGUGUCCAGGUUUUAAAUAAAUUUGGAGUUUGUAUGUAGUAAAUUAGCAACCAGGGAACCAUUUUGCCCAUCCACUUGUCCCACCAUCUUUACUAAAAACUCUACCUUUCCACCCUGAUAUCCAGUGCAGCCUCAGGUACGCCAAGACUUUAGACACAUUCGUUAUGUUCUAAUCUUCUGCUCUCUCUAUGCUGCCCAUUGUUGAAUAUUUAGUCAUUUUUGUUGCUGGCUCUUCUUCCCUUGUAUUCUAUAUAACAACUCCUUCAAAAAACCUGAAUAGGAUUCUGGGUAUGAUUACAUUUGCUCUAAGGUCAGUCACAAAACUUACAGUAUUUCCCUUUACCAUCUGUCGAUCACUUUAAUGUCUCCCCACAAAGUUUUAUAAACGUUGAGUACUCUCAGGAGGUUUUGCUUAGACUUUUCUCAAGCAUAUAAUGCUUUUGAUACCAAUUUCAAUACUUUUUUCUGAUCUUAUUGUUCUCACUUAGUUCUGGGAACUUGUGUUUCUAUCUGUGACAGCAGUUUGCUGCCUCCCAAUCCUCUUCCCUUGUUUCUUACAUGCCUUUGCUGUGUAAAUUUCAAGAACAUUAUGAAGAGAGGCCGAGUGCGCAUCUCUGGUUGCCAUGGAACACUCUACAGGGCUUUGCUGCUUCCCUCGCUUCUGCUCACUGCUUCCCUCGCUUCUGUUCGCUAGACUGCUACAAAUAUGCUGUACCUAAUGAGUAAUAGUUGUUCUUCUGUCAAACACCCUGGCUCCUGGUGUAUCUUAAUUCUUUUGACUCACCAAAGUUAUUUACCAACAGUUUAUUUCUGCAACUUGUGCGCUCUGGUGACAGUUCCUCAAAUCUUCCUUCCUUACAUCAUCUAGGAUGCCUCAGCCUAAAGACUGUAUAAAACUGACCUUACUUAUUAACGUGGAUAGCCCAGACUGGCCUCAGAUCCACAGCACUCCUGAAUGCUAGGACUGCAGGUGUGAGCUGCCACACUUUGACUGCAAGUCUGACAUAACUCUUAUAUCAGGAGAUUUUUCAGUAAAGAUGGUAGGACAAGUCAAUUGGCAAAAUGUUUCCCUGGUUGCUACUUUACUACAUACAAAAAAAAGUCCAGCCGAACAAUGGUGGCGCAUGCCUUUAGUCCCAGCACUUGGGAGGCAGAAGCAGGCGGAUUUCUGAGUUCAAGGCCAGCCUGCUCUACAGAGUGAGUUCCAGGACAGCCAGGGAUACACAGAGAAACCUAAAGUCCAGCUACUACUAAGGCAGGGUAGACUUACAAACUUCCUUUUUUGCAUCACCCUCACACUAAGAAUGUCUUUAAAACUGUGUUGAUUUGUUAAAACCUAUGCAACAGAUUCUAUGUGGUUGCAAAGUAUUUACUCUCUGCCCUGGAAAAGCUUUGCUGAUUUCUGUUCUGUACCCCUAGUUGAUUUCUACUUGAUAGUUCUUACAAAGAAGCAUGUUCAGCUCUGAUUAACAAUUUGUCUAGUUUCCAGGGUAUAUAACAUUGUUAUAUUUUGAAUAGAUUCAGUUUUUAGAAAUCUUUGUGAAUGCACAUGUCUCCAUGACAUGCCGUGGUGCAUGUGUGGAGGUCAAAGGACAGCUGUGGGCCUUUGUCUUCCUGCCUUGCUUGUUCUCCACUAUGAAGAUGCAGCUAUCUGGCUCAUGGACUUUUAGGGAUUGUCUCUAUCCUCCAUCUUGCCUUAGCAACUGAGCAGAGGUGUGUUGCCAAGUCCAGCUUCUUACUGAGUUCUGAGGAUCAAAGUAGGGCCUCACACUUGCAUCAAGCCAUCUAUUAGUAUGCAGUGGCCUCUUACAAUGGUAGUAAGUAUCCAACUAUAAUGGAUUAUUAGCAGUAUGAGAAAUCAACUUUUUGUCUAUAAUUUGCAAAAUAAUUUAAUAUUUUUAAUAUUUUCUUUAUUUUCAAUCUUUAUAACCUUCUAUAGUUCCUAUAAACAGAAUAUGUACCUAUUUUUCUUUAUGGCACUGCUGGGGCUAGAACCCAGGGUCUUGUACUUGACUACUUAGACCAUGUCUAUAUUUUCACUAUAGUCAUUAUUCAUUUAUAGCUACUUAACAUUCUCCUUAUUUUUUAUCCUGUAACAAAAUUACAUUCUUGCUUUACUGUACAUCUAAAAAAGACAUGAACAUAAUGUAUAUCUGUGUACACACAUAAAACAAUGAAAGCUUGGAAACUGGAGGGAGAAAAGGUUAGUAAUUACCUAAAUAGACAUAACACUAAUUAUGUCUAACGUUAUAGGUUGUUAGAACCCAUUUCUCAUCUGCCUGUCUGUCACACAGUGUUAUUAAUAAAUGUGUGUACAUCUGC